AUGGAAAAAGGAUGCUUGCUGACUUUAGUCCGCGAAAUAUAAUUGAUCCAUAAGUUUAAAAAUUAUUUUAACAUUCCAGGAAAGGUCAAGUAGUCAAGCGUUGCUCUAGUCCUUCGUGUAUCCCCCAGCUAUCAGAAAUUCGCAGAGUUAAACACUAUCCUUUAAAAUAAAAUUAAACCUUUCGAAUUUUCUAAUCCUUAGAGCAAUUUAUUAUCUUACUAAGAGUUAGAAUAAAUCCUUGAUAAGCAUAACACAGUUCAAUUUUAGUGUGUGAUAAUCCAAAGGUAAAUAGACCCUAAAGACAUACAUAGCGGAUAGCUUGCUUUACCUGGUGGUCAUGUAGAUGAAUAAGAAACAGAUUUUUAAUCAGCUGUUAGAGAAGUAUAAGAAGAAAUAGGGAUGUAAUUAAAUAGAAAUAGCCUUUAUUUAGGAAAACUGCCAAAAAAUUUCUAUGCGAGAAAGGCGAGAAGUGGGGAAAAUUUAUACACUAGCCUUAAUAUCUUCUUGUAUACAUCUUUGGAAAAAGAAACUCAAUUUAUCAAAUAAGAAAGUGAAGUUAGAGAUGUAAAGUGGAUCAAUAUGGAUCUCUUCUUUAAUAUAAAAUAGUCAUCCAUAUAGAUUUACAAGUUUUAAGGCUCUUUUAAUGUAAAUCUAUUACCCAAAUUUAUGAGAGGCUAGGCAAAAACAGCUUCACUUAACUUUAAAUAUGGAGAAUUUUGUUCAAUAGAAAUUGGUAUGGAUAACGUGUUAUGGGGACUUACAUUUCAUUUUAUGGUCUAUAUUUUAUCUUUAAUUUAAAAAAGUUAUAUAGGAGGACCAGAUGCGCCUGAUCUAAAUUAAAUAUCAAAAUUGAUUAAAUUAAGUGAGCACUAUAAUCUUGUUUUUGAAUAAAACUAUAAUUUAGGUUGGAUUAUUAAUUUAAUUUCAAGGAGAAUUCAUUAGCAAUCUCGGGUCUAAUAAUUCACUUACUAAACACCUUAAGAAUUACAGAAGAACUCAAAUAAAAAAAUAAUUUGCCUAUCAAUUGCUAGUCUAAUAGCAGCAAGUGUAGUAGCCUAUCCAUUUUAUAGAAGUUCUUUAUGA